AAAUUAUUAUAAUGUCUGCAGAAGAUUCAAUCACAUUCGUACAAACUGAUUUAGCUGACAGUUCUUUUCCUGUCUUUGAAGACAUUAAACGUGAUGGAAAGUUAUGUGAUGUUACCUUGAAGGUUGAAAAUAGGCUGUUCUAUGCCCAUAGAAUUAUUUUGGCUGGAACCAUUCCAUAUUUUCGAGCUAUGUUUACAAAUGAUAUGAUUGAAAGCAAGCAAACUGAAAUUAACAUUAAAGAUAUAGAUCCAGAUGCUGUUGAAUUGCUUAUUAAUUUUGCUUAUAGUGGAAAGGUUCAAAUCAGUACAUCAAAUGUUCAAUCGUUACUUGUUGGAGCUUCAUUCUUUCAACUCAGUAAAGUUCGAGAAGCUUGUUGUGAAUUUCUAAAAAGAAGGCUUCACCCAAACAACGCAUUAGGCAUUCGAACAUUUGCUGAUGCACUUGGAUGUUCUACCCUUGUGGAUGCUACUAAUCGUUACCUGCAAAAACAUUUUUUGGAAGUAUGUCGUUCUGAAGAAUUUAUUAACUUGCAGCUAGCAGAUGUCAGGGAAAUAGUUAGUCGAGAUGAAUUGCAUAUUACAAGUGAAGAACAGGUUUUUGAAGCUGUUUUAUCCUGGGUUAAACAUGAAUCAUCCAGAAAAGAUUAUUUGCCAGAGCUGUUAACUCAAGUCAGAAUGCCAUUGCUCACUCCUCAAUACUUAACUGAUUAUGUCGCUACCGAAGAGCUUAUUCGCACUUCUCACCAAUGUCGGGAUCUCUUGGAUGAAGCUAAAGAUUAUCAUCUGAUGCCGGAGAGAAGGCCUCUGUUGCAGAGCUUCCGAACUCGUGUGCGGUGUUGUCCUGAUAUUGUUGGAUGCAUCUAUGCUGUAGGAGGUCUUACAAAAUCUGGGGAUUCUUUAAGUACUGUAGAAGUUUAUGAUCCAAAAGUUGGCCGGUGGCAGCUAGCUGAGGCCAUGACUAUGUUGAGAAGCAGAGUGGGAGUAGCAGUAAUGCAUAAUAAACUGUAUGCUAUUGGUGGCUACAAUGGUACAGAAAGACUCAGUACAGUAGAAGUAUAUGAUCCAGAAGCUCGUACCUGGACAACUGCUUCAUGCAUGAACUGCAAAAGAAGUGCUGUUGGUGCUGCUACACUUUUUAACAAAUUGUACGUCUGUGGUGGAUAUGAUGGAAUUUCUUCGUUAAACACUGUGGAGUGUUAUGAUCCAGAAAAAAAUGAGUGGAAAAUGGUGACUAGUAUGUCAAAACAUAGAAGUGCUGCUGGUGUUGUUUCCUUUGAAGAUCAUAUAUAUGCUCUAGGAGGUCAUGAUGGACUAUCUAUUUUUGAUUCCGUUGAAAGAUAUGAUCCACACUCAGAUCACUGGACCCCAAUGCCGUCGAUGCUGAGCAAGAGAUGCCGUCUGGGUGUUGCCACUUUGAAUGGAAAAAUUUAUGUCUGCGGUGGCUAUGAUGGUUCAACCUUUCUGAUGACUGCAGAGGUGUAUAAUCCUUCCACUCGGCAAUGGUCCUACAUAGCGUCCAUGAACACUAUGAGAAGUAGAGUGGCUUUAGUCGCAAAUUGUGGGAAGUUAUAUGCUAUUGGUGGUUAUGAUGGAAUUGCUAAUUUGAGCUCUGUCGAAAUAUACAACCCUGAAAUCAAUCGUUGGGAUUUCGUUUCUCCGAUGUGUGCUCAUGAAGGUGGUGUGGGUGUAGGAGUAAUUCCAUCCUAGCAUUUGAGCACGUUCACAAUACUUUUAUUGAUAUAAUUUGUGACAAUUGGACUAAAUAUUUUGUCUCAAGCAAAAAUGAUUGGUGAUGUAUAUUCUUGUUUUCUAAUCCAAAGAAGUUGCUUACAACUACUAGCGCGGCCAGA